AUGACACCAUUAAACACAAGUACAACUCCUGCUGAAGAAAUAUACAAUGAAUCUAUCAUUCCUAGUCGCAACGUUAUAGAGAGAAGCUAUGGAGUUUGGAAAAAAAGAUAUCCAUGUCUAGCUAUGGGUCUCAGAGUUCAUCUAGAUACAGCUCAAGCAGUUACCCUAGGAACAGCAGUGCUACAUAAUAUCGCUUGUCCUAAUAAUGAAGCUAUGCCCCCUAUUAGUCCUGAACAGGAAAAUGCUAUUAACAUGAAUUUGAAUUUGAAUUUGACUCGAUACUAG